AUGAGGGCAAUUGAGCGUAACUUGAAGGAUGCGAGGUGCUUCACUGUGACUGUUUUUGAUAGGCAUAUACUUGAUUACACGGUGGCUGAGACUACCCCCACAGGCAGAUUCUCGCUUGGUUGCUACCGGGUUUCCCUAAGGGAUCGUACUUGUGACUGUGGUAACUUCCAGGCACUGCACUACCCGUGUUGCCAUGCCAUCGCAUGCUGUGCGCAGUCACGGCUAGAUUGGGCAACAUAUGUUGAUGAAGUUUACAGCAUAUCUGAGGUGUUUAUGGUGUAUCAGAUGUCUUUUGCACCAUGUAUACCAGAGGGGCUUUGGCCCCCAUAUGACGGUCCGAUCGUUAUACCCGACCCAAAUAUGAGAAGAGCAAGAGAAGGACGACCUCGGUCCACCCGCAUCCGAAACACCAUGGACGAAGCUGACACCAGCCGACCGAAGCGUUGUGGGUUGUGCAGGCAGCCCGGUCACACCCGAAGGGGUUGCCCUCAGCGAGGUUCUAGUAGCGGCAUCUAG